AAAUACCGACAUUCCCAUCUAUUUCAACACCAAUCAAACUUUAAAAAACUAUAAUAAAAAAAAUCACACAAAAAUAAAAACAGUAUAAAAAAAAGUGUAAUCAUGGAUUUUCUCAAGAAUAUGAUAUAUAAGGAAGCUUCACUGAUGAUGAUGAUGAUGGUGAUGGCCAUAUGGACAGUGCCUAAGGGUCACGCAGUUGGACUCGACACCGUAUGGUAUGACGCACGUGCGACAUUUUACGGCGACGUCAAAGGUGGUGGCACUCAACAGGGAGCUUGCGGGUAUGGCGACCUGAACAAGCAAGGCUAUGGCUUAGCCACCACGGCACUGAGCACAGCCCUCUUCAACGACGGCUACGCAUGUGGAGCCUGCUUCGAGAUCAUGUGCGUCAACGACCCAAAAUGGUGCUUGCCCGGCUCGAUCAAGGUUACGGCCACUAACUUCUGCCCACCCGACUACACCAAGACCGUCGACAUCUGGUGCAACCCUCCUCAGCGCCACUUCGACCUUUCCGAACCUAUGUUCCUCAAGAUCGCCCAGUACAAGGCCGGUGUUGUCCCGGUCAAGUACCGCCGCAUUCCCUGUGUCAAAACCGGAGGCGUCAGGUUCGAGAUCACCGGCAACCCGAACUUCCUCACCGUCUUGCCGUUCAACGUAGCCGGUGCAGGAGAUGUGAAGUACAUGCAGGUCAAGGGGAGUAAGACCAACUGGAUAACAAUGAAAAAGGAUUGGGGACAACAUUGGACGACUGGGGUUGUGCUGGUCGGAGAGAGCCUGUCGUUUAGGGUUACGACCAGCGAUGGGAAGACGAUAGAUUUCUUAGAUGUGGCGCCCUCAAACUGGGGGUUCGGACAGAACUUUGACGGGAAGUGGAACUUCUAGGGGAUUCGGGUUUUUUUGUUUCUAGGUUUUGUAUGAAAGGAUAUGAAUAAGAACCAAAUGAUGCAAAGAUGAUAAAUAAAAGAUCGAAAGUAGACAUGUUCUGAAUAAUAAUACCUAAUGCUCUUGGCCCUGCA